AUGGGGUAUGUCUUGAGCAAUGAAUCUUGGGUACUAAAGGAGGUCUAUGAUGCAUCUCAACCUGGUCCCUCCACCAAAUUGAAAAAAUCAGAUCCUUCUGUCGUCUCUGCUGAAUGUUAUGCAGACCUUCUCUCCAAACUUUCCUCUAUGGAUGCGAAGAUUGAGUCCAUCAAAGACUUAAUUGCAUCCACUUUGUUUCAAGUCGAUAAAAUUCGUGAUACGACAAAGGAAACGGGUACUGAUGUCUCUAAGCUGCGGGUUAAACUGGAUGAUGUGAUAAAGGAAGCUGUCAAAUUGUCCGCCAAGCUUCAAGCCAGUGUUGGCGCCAUGCCUGAACGUCUCACUACUCCGUUGACUGAAAUGAAGGAUGCUAUUCUAUAUGAUUAUCUACCUUAUGGAGUUGACUUCGCUGAUGGUCCUACUGGUCGAUACACCAAUGGCCGGAAUAUGGCUGACUUACUAGCCGAACACCUUGGUUUUGAUCACUACAUUCCACCUUUUGCAAGUGCAACUGGUGAUGAGUUAUUGCAAGGGGUGAAUUAUGCAUCUGGUUAUGCUGGAAUUCGCAACGAAACAGGAAGUCAUGUUGGCGAUCGGAUUUACUUGGGCAAGCAAUUGCAAAAUCAUAAAGUCACAAUUUCUCGUAUUGCUGAUCUACUGGGGAAUGCACCCUCAGCCAAAAAGUACUUGAAUAAGUGCCUUUUCAUUGUGGGAAUAGGUAACAAUGACUACAUCAAUAAUUUUCUCUUGCCAGAUAUAUACCCAACAAGUCAUUUGUACAGACCAAGUCAGUACGCAAAAAUCUUGAUAGAACAGUACUCCCAUCAAUUAAAGGUUUGA